AUGGAGGGAGCGUCGCGCCUCGCGUUGGAGGGCGCGGAGGUGUCGCCGGGAGAGCUUGUGCGCCGUGGUGGCGCUCCGUCGGCGAGAGGAGCGGCGUAUCACGCGCCUGAGGGGUCGGAGGGCCAUCGCCGGCCUGCGCGGUUGCGAGCCGAGGGCCGCGGCAUCGCCUCGGUCUUCCACGCCGCGUCGCGGAGCACCGAGGCUGCCGUCUGCGACUUGCGCAGUGGGAGGGCGUGUAGCCAAGCACAACGCCAGGGCCGAUGGCCACGGCACGCCGAGAGGAGCACCGUCGGGCCGAGGGCUGCUGCAUGCUCCUCGCUGGGAGCCCCGUACCUCACUUGGAAGGCGUGGCGCCAUGGGCGUGCACGCUGGGCAUCGCCGCGGUCGCGCGUUAAGCGGCCGCUUGCUGCCUUGCGCGGAGGCCGAGCCGCCUCGUUUCCGUCGCGGCAGGCGAAACCGGUGGUUCCGGUGUCCAAGUCCAGCGCGGGGCCGAGGUCAGACCAAUCUGAUGAUGUCGUUGUUCAUGUCCUUGAUGGCAAGAUGGCAACGAGCGGCACCACCAGUCCAGCGAGAUGGAAUCGAAGUGACAGUUAGAGACCGAGAGAUUUGUCGUCGUGGCCGUGCACGGCGCGAGGCUGCCGAUUGGAAGCGCUUUCGCCGGGCUGAGGACCGCCGCGCCACCACGCCGAACCAACGGCUGUAGCCGCCGAACUCGCAGGCGAUCGAUGCUGCAGCCAGGAGCCGUGGCGCUGACGGAAUCGCUCCGCCAGGAGCCGUCUCGCAGAUGGAAUCGCUCCGCCGGGGAGCGUGCUGAUAACGUGUUUUGAUUAGAGAACAAGAGAAUAGACACAGAGAUGUAAAUGAACAGUCGUUUACUUUAUUAUGAUGUGAUCACACA